CCUCUGUGCCCGAGCGCCUGUGCAUGCGCGCUGGACCCGUCUAUACAGCAGAGAGCAGCAGCGCAUCCAUCCUGCCGUGGAGCCGGGAGCGUGGAGCCGCGAGAAGCGCACAGAGAAAAGAGAGAGAGCGACAGAAGAUGGACGGAGUGGGAUCGUUCGGAGCUGGCCGGGCCGGGUCCACUAUCGACCCGAUUGCCUUCGCCAAACAGCCGCAGACCAUCCUCAGAGUGCUGUCCUGGAUAUUUUCCCUGGUGGUUUUCGCCUCCAUCGUGAACGAGGGUUAUGUCAACAUGGGCAGCGAGCGUCUCCACUGCGUCUUCAACAAGAACGCAGACGCGUGCAACUACGGUGUGUUCGUGGGCCUGGUGGGCUUGAUGGCGUGCUCCUUCUUCUUCCUGCUCGACUACAAGUUCUCCUCCAUCAGCUCUGUCAAAGACAGGAAGAAGGCUAUAAUGCUUGAGAUCGGCUUCUCAGGCUCCUGGGCCUUCCUGUACUUUGUAAGUUUCUGCUUCCUGGCCAAUCAGUGGUCUCGAACCACAGCUGAUGAGCUGCCACUCAACCAGGGGGCAGAUGCAGCCCGGGCUGCAAUCGCCUUCUCUUUCUUCUCCAUACUCACCUGGGCUGGUCUAACAGUGCGUGCGGUCCAGAAGUAUCUGCUCGGCACAGACAUGACUCUGUUCACCACGGAGCACAUGGACGGCGGCGCGCCCACCCAGCCGUACCCCUCCAACUCACCGGUUGGCGCUACCACUGAGACCACAGAGACCUACCAGAGCCCACCAUUCACCGAGAACAACGCAGCACCCACAUACCAGGUUCCCAUUUACUAGAUAAGAUAGACCUGAUGGUGGAAGAAUAAGGUCCGGAGAUGGGUAAGAGGAAAGUGAUAGAAAAUUGCUUUCUGUGAUGUUACACCUGCAGUUGUUUAUGUGUUGAUCUGGGCGGAGUUUUCAACAAUUGUUAAAGAAAAAUCAAAAAAAGAACUGCCUCUUCUUUUUGUUCCCUCCUCUCGUUCCCUUUCCUUCCUUAACAUUCCAACCUUUAUCUGCUCUUUUCUUGACCUGUAUGUUCAAUUCAAUUCCCUACUUUCGCAAAUCCAGUGUUCCUCGGAUCAGAACAGAUGAGAGAAAAAGAAAACAAAAAGGAGGAAAUGUAAAAGAGGAGGCCACUUUGCAGUAUUUAAACACUAUGUUUACAGCAAAAGAGAUGAAGGGAUCGACAAGUGAGUGACUCCACCACAAAGCAGUAUCGGCAAACAAAUAGCGCAGAGGCCACUCACAUACAGCACCUUCAUCUUAUUCUUUCCAUUCAUCGAAGUGUCAAAAUCCCCUUUCAUGCCAAACAGUACGGGGAAUGUUUUUUUUAGCUACAGUACGGUCUAGUCGUUCCUCCCACUUUCCCUGCUGCAGUUAAAAGUAAUCAUGUGUGUUGAAUCUGCAUGUUUCUUAACUUAGAGAUCAACUAAGUGCCAUACUGUACUGUGUGUCUCAGACAGUGUCUUAAUUUAGUAGAUUUCCACAUGCUGUA